AUGUCUAUCGAUGACACAGUAAUAUUUCCGCUUGAAAAUCAAUUAUCAACAUCAUUUAAUGAAAUAGAUGAUGUUGAAGUUGAAAAUUUCUUUGGUUGUUAUUUACUAAACAGUUUAAAUCCAAACUGUAAAGGUAGAACUUAUAUUGGUUUUACUGUUGAUCCUCAUCGACGAAUAAAACAACAUAAUAAAGGUAGAGACUUUGGUGGAGCAAAAAGAACAAGUGGAAAAGGACCAUGGGAAAUGGUUUUAAUUAUACAUGGUUUUCCAAAUGAAAUAUCAGCAUUACGAUUUGAAUGGGCAUGGCAAAAUCCUGAACAAUCUAUACGUCUUAAACAUUUAAAUUUACCAAAAACAAAAAAAUUUAGUCUAAAAUUUAAAUUAAAAAUUCUUGGUGAAAUGCUUUCUAUUGGACCAUGGACACGUUUACCACUUACAGUUCGAUGGUUAACUGAUAAAAAACAAAUCUUAGAACGAAUACCACCAUUACAUAUGCCUAUAACAAGUGGACCAAUUAAUGUUUCAAAACAUACAAAUACAAUACCAUCAAAACGAAAAAAAGUCAAUAAUCAAAUUGUAUCCACAAAUGAUAAUCACACAUCUUUUAAUACUUGUUCAUUAUGUAAUAAUACUAUAAAAGUAUGUGAAAUUUUUAUAUUGAUCUAUGAUCCAUCAUCAUAG